UGGACACUAGCUGCACGACGAGCGCGAUCGCGACCGCGGGCGAGGACGAGGACCCGUGGACGAUCCUCACGAGCUUCUCUCUGCGAAAGUACAUCGUCUCCAGCGUCGAGUUCUACAUGAACGACAAGGAGGCGUUCAAGAACGAGCUGCUCUCCGGCGUCACGGUCGCGGUGAUGCAGGUGCCCGAGUCCGUGGCCUUCAGCUUCGUCGCCGGCGUGCCCCCGCUCGUGGGCCUGUACUCGACGUUCUUCCUGGGCCUCAUCACGGCGCUCAUCGGCGGCAAGCCCGGCAUGAUCUCCGGCGCCGCGGGCGCCAUGGCCGUCGUCAUCAAGGACCUCAUGGCGGACUCGGGCCCGCUGUCGAGCUACUCGAACGGCGACCGGUUCCAGCACCUCCUCAUGACCGUGGCGCUCUGCGGCGUGUUGCAGACGCUCUGCGGCGUGUUCCAGCUCGCGAAGCUCGUGAAGCUCAUCUCGAAGCCCUGCAUGAUCGGCUUCAUGAACGGCCUCGGCAUCGUCAUCUUCAUGGCGCAGCGCGCGGCCCGCGCGCGCGUCGACGCCGCGCGCGCGCCGCGGCGCGCCGACGCGCGCGCGCAGACGAAGACCUGGCUCACGCUGCUCCUCGUCGGCUUCACGAUGAUGAUCAUGCUCGCCUGGCCCCGGGUGAUCCCGGCGCGCUGCGCGUCCGCCCGCUUCAUCAACCGGGGGCUCAUUGGCGUGUCCACGCGCACGGUCGGCCAGACGGAGAAGCUCAGCGGCGCGCGCGCGCCGCCGUCCUGGCACGUGCCGCAAGUGCCCGCCGACGGCGAGUGGGGCGUCGUCUUCCAGUACGCGAUCUCGCUCACGUUCGUCGGGCUCAUCGAGUCCGUCAUGACCUUACAAGCCGUCGACGAGAUCACGGAGGACCUGCCGUCCGUCUUCCGCUCGAACCAGGAGUGCGUCGCCCAGGGCGUCGCGAACCUCGUGAGCGGCCUCUUCGGGGCCAUGGGCGGCGACGCGAUGAUCGGCCAGUCGACGAUCAACGUGAGCGUCAACGGCGCGCGCGGCCGCCUCAGCGGCGCCGCGGCGGGCGUCCUCAUGCUCGUCUUCGUCGUCUUCCUCAGCCCCGUCAUCUCCGUGAUCCCCAUCGGCACGCUCACGGGCGUGCUCUUCAUGGUCGUGCUCUCGACGUUCUGCUUCGACACGUUCCGCCUCCUGCCGAGGAUCCCGCGCGCGGACGCGUUCGUCAUCGUCGAGACGACGGUGCUCGCCGUCGUCUUCAACCUGCGCGCCGCAGCGGCCAUCGGCGUCGUCGUCGGCUCCGUGACGCUCGCGACCUUCGACGCGUGGAACCGCGGCGCGUCCUUCGCGGUCGCGAAGACGGACAAGAAGACGGACGGCGACGAGGUCACGUACUCGCCGCUCGCGCCCCUCUUCUUCGGCACGGUCAAGGACUUCUCCAAGGCCUUCGCCCCGGGCAGCGACCCGAAAUCGUGCGUCGUGGACCUCGAGCGGUCGGCCAUCGCCGACUACUCGGCGCUCGUCGCGCUCGCGGACGUCGCGCACCGCUACGCGCUCGUCGACAAGCGCGUCAAGAUCAAGAACGCCUCC